CUGCGCGCUGGUAGCGUUGUGUGGAGGAAGUCCGCCUGGGGGUGGGCUGCGCUGGGCGGGCGAGGCCGCGGCGGGCCGCGGCGGCUGCUUCGACCACCUGAGGGCGGCGCAAUGGGAGACGAGAUGGAUGCCAUGAUCCCCGAGCGGGAGAUGAAGGAUUUUCAGUUUAGGGCCCUGAAGAAGGUGAGAAUCUUUGAAUCCCCUGAGGAGUUGCCCAAGGAACGUUCGAGUCUGCUUGCUGUGUCCAACAAGUACGGACUGGUCUUCGCUGGUGGGGCCAGUGGGUUGCAGAUUUUUCCUACUAAAAAUCUUCUUAUUCAAAAUAAACCUGGAGACGAUCCCAAUAAGAUAGUGGAUAAAGUUCAAGGCUUGCUAGUUCCUAUGAAAUUCCCCAUCCGUCACCUGGCCCUGAGCUGUGAUAACCUCACACUCUCCGUGUGCAUGAUGUCCAGUGAAUACGGUUCCGUUAUCGCUUUUUUUGAUGUUCGCACAUUCUCAAACGAGGCUAAACAACAGAAACGCCCAUUUGCCUAUCAUAAGCUUUCGAAAGAUGCAGGCGGCAUGGUGAUCGAUAUGAAGUGGAACCCCGCUGUCCCCUCCAUGGUGGCAGUGUGUCUGGCAGAUGGCAGCAUCGCUGUCCUGCAAGUCACCGAAACAGUGAAAGUGUGUGCGACGCUUCCUUCCACAGUAGCAGUGACGUCUGUGUGCUGGAGUCCCAAAGGAAAGCAGCUGGCGGUGGGGAAGCAGAACGGCACUGUGGUCCAGUACCUCCCUACUUUGCAGGAAAAAAAAGUCAUUCCUUGUCCUCCGUUUUAUGAGUCAGAUCACCCGGUCCGAGUCCUAGACGUGCUGUGGAUCGGUACCUACGUCUUUGCCAUAGUGUACGCUGCUGCAGACGGGUCCUUGGAGACGUCUCCCGACGUCGUGAUGGCACUGCUCCCGAAGAAAGAAGAAAAGCACCCUGAGGUGUUCGUGAACUUCAUGGAACCCUGCUACGGCUGCUGCACGGAGAGACAGCACCACUACUACCUGAGUUACAUUGAAGACUGGGAUCUGGUGCUGGCGGCCUCCGCGGCCUCCACAGAAGUCAGCAUCCUUGCUCGACAAGGCGAUCAGAUUAAUUGGGAAUCUUGGCUGCUGGAGGAUUCUAGUCGAGCCGAACUGCCUGUGACGGACAAGAACGACGACUCCUUGCCCGUGGGAGUCGCCAUAGACUACACUAACCAAGUGGAAAUCACCAUCAAUGAGGAGAAGACUCUUCCUCCUGCACCCGUUCUUAUGUUACUCUCAACAGACGGUGUGCUCUGUCCGUUCUACAUGAUCAAUCAAAAUCCCGGGGUCAGGUCCCUCAUCAAGACGCCGGAGCGGCUCCCGUUAGAAGGAGAGCGACAGCCCAGGUCGUCGGGAAGCACUCCCACGACCCCAACCUUGCCAGCCCCACAGAAGCCUGAGUUGUCAGCAGCCGCGGCCCCUGUCUCUGUCCCACCGUCACUGCCAGCGGCUCCCACCUCCACCUUCUCUUCGCCCUCUGCCGUGUUCUCCUUUGGCUCUUCAUCGUCCUUGAAAUCAUCCGGUCCUGUGACUGCGGAGCCCCCUCCGUACCCCAGUGGCUCCGACACUUCCAAAGCAGCUGUGGGCUCCGGCACAGCCACCUUCUCCUUCGCACCACCUCAAGCCCCGCUGGCGCCCACCCCUGCAGCCUCUGCCAUGGCACCCACGGCCGCUCCGUUCUCCUUCGGGUCAUCGGGCUUUAAGCCGACCCUGGAAAGUACACCGGUGCCAAGUGCGUCCACUCCAAACAUCGGGAUGAAGCCCUCCUUCCCGCCUUCAGCCUCUGCAGUCAAGGUCAACCUUAACGAGAAGUUCACCACCGCGGCCGCCCCUGCUUCUGCCGGCGGCUCCCAGGGCACGCCCCCGACGCUGCUGUUCCCCGCCUCCAAGCCAGCUGCCUCCGGACCUCUCGGCCACCCCACGCCCCUGGCAGCAGCGGCCGGCUCCAUGGCCUCGAAGUCCCCAACCGCUCCCUUGGUGUCAGGGCGCGCUGCUCAUGGCAGUCCGGGCCCGGCGCCCUCAGCGGGGCAGAAGUCACCCAGGAUAACCCCUCCGGUGGCAAAGUCAAGCUGCCCCCAGGCAAAGUCACUUCCUCCCCCUGUCACAGAAAAGCAGGGACAUCAGUGGGAAGAGUCAGACCCUGUGAUGGUCGGAAUUGGUGAGGAGAUCACGCACUUUCAGAAGGAGCUGGAAGACCUGAAGGCCCGCACUUCAAAAGCCUGUUUCCAGGUGGGCACCUCCGAGGAGAUGAAGAUGCUGCGGACAGAAGCGGAUGACUUGCACACUUUUCUUUUGGAGAUCAGGGAGACCACCGAGUCUCUGCAUGGCGACAUAAGCACCCUGAAGACCACCCUGCUGGAGGGCUUCGCUGGGGUUGAAGAAGCCAGGGAGCAGAACGAGAGGAACCACGACUCUGGGUACCUGCACUUGCUCUACAAGAGGCCCCUGGACCCCAAGAGUGAAGCUCAGCUCCAGGAAAUUCGGCGCCUUCAUCAGUAUGUGAAGUUUGCUGUCCAGGAUGUGAACGACGUUCUCGACCUGGAGUGGGACCAGCACCUGGAACAAAAGAGAAAGCAGAACAGGCGCCUGCUUGUGCCGGAGCGAGAGACACUGUUUAACACCCUGGCCAACAACCGGGAGAUCAUCAACCAGCAGAAGAAGAGGCUGAACCGCCUGGUGGACAGCCUCCAGCAGCUCCGGCUGUACAACCACACUCCCCAGUGGGGCCUUCCCUCGGACGUCUCCCCCCAGAGCAGCACGCACAGGUGUGCCUUCAGUUUUGACAGCGACCUGGAAAGCCUGCGCAAUGCUUUAUUGAAAACCACCAUCGAGUCCCACGCCAAACCCUUGCCAAAGGUUGCAGCUAAACUGUCUCCUGUGAAACAGGCUCAGCUGAGAAACUUUCUGGCCAAGAGGAAGACCCCGCCGGUGAGAUCCACGGCUCCAGCCAGCCUGUCUCGGUCAGCCUUCCUGUCUCAGAGAUACUACGAAGACUUGGAUGAGGCCAGCUCAACGUCAUCCGUCUCCCAGUCCCUGGAGAGUGAGGACGCACGGACACCCUGCAGAGAUGACGACCCGGGGGCCCAGGUCCCGCGGCACGCCCCCGUGGUCCGCACGCCCUCCAUCCAGCCCGGCCUCUUGUCCCAGGCGGCAGCCCCUUUCGCUAAAGCCCACCUGAGUCACGGUUCGCCUGGCGUGAUGGGGGCUUCAGUGUCUACGUCUGCUAGCAAAAUUCUCCCUCAAGGGGCUGAUAGCACAAUGCUUGCAACCAAAACGGUGAAGCACGGUGCACCGGGUCCCUCCCACACCAUCCCAGCCCCCCAGGCGGCCGCCGCGGCAGCGCUGAGACGGCAGAUGGCCAGUCAGGCGCCAGCUGUAAGUACGUUGACUGAAUCAACUUUGAAGACUGUCCCUCAAGUGGUAAAUGUGCAGGAACUGAAGAAUAACCCUUCACCCGCCUCUGCAGCGAUGGGAUCUUCAGGGUCCUGCUCUGCAGCCAAAACCUCUCACCCCGUGCUGACCCCUCUGGCCUCUAACAACCAAGCUAAGCAGGGGCCGUUGGUCAAUCCCCUCAAGCUGCCUGGGUCCACGUCCGCCGCUGGUCAGUCGUCAUCCAGCGAUAAAGCUUCAGUUUCAGGGCCAGGGGCAACCAAGGGAGAAGCUGCUGUGACUUCCACCCCAUCUGCAGUCGGGCAGUUCAGCAAGACUUUCUCCUUUUCUUCCUCCGGGACUGGCUUCAAUUUUGGGGUAAUCACACCAACACCAUCCUCUAAUUUCACUGGCACACAAGGGGCAGCACCCCCCACUAAAGAGUCAAGCCCACUGGACACGUUCUCAUUUGGCGGGGGAGGCAAACCUUUACCCGAGACCAUUUCUGAAAGCUCGUCUCCCUCAGCGGUGACAACAGCCUCAAACGCCCCCGGAGCUGCCCUUGCCCCUCCAGGAGAGCCCGCUCCAUCGAGCGGCAGGCCUGCGGCACCUUCUGGGAUUGCUCUCGGCAGUCCUCCCGGCAAGCUGGAAACCCCGCCGUCCAAGUUGGGGGACCUUCUGUUUCCAAGUUCUUCGGCCGGCGAGACUCUCGGCAGUUUCUCGGGACUGCGGGUUGGCCAAGCAGAUGACUCCACAAAGCCAGCCAGUAAGGCUACGUCCGCGAGCCUGGCUAGUGCACAGCCGGCCAAGACUCCCCUCGUCCCCUCCGGGUUUACUUUCGCCGGCCCUCCCACCAUAGGCAAGCCUGCGGAGCUUCCCGUCGCCUCCUCUGGGGCCGCCACCACAGCGGCACCGGCUGCCGGCUCCAGCACAAGUGGGGCCUCGACGGGUGUCUUUGGCAGCCUGCCCCUCACCAGCGUGGGGUCCUCCGGGCUCAUGAGUUUCAGUGGCGUGUCUCUGAGUGGUAGCAAGCCUAGUUUUCCAUUUGGAAGCCAGCAGACGAGUGGUACAGCAGCCCCGUCUGCUGCACCGUCGGCCACCACUGCCGCUUCCCAUCCCACAUCGUUCCCCAUGAUGUCAUUUGGGGGCCUCCUGAGUUCAGCAUCUGCUCCCACCGUACCUGGGUCCUCUGUGAAAGGCACAGAGGAGGCGGCGGCGGCAUCAUCUGUGCCCGAGAAGCCCGGCAGCAGUGAAGUCUCAGCAUCAGCAGCCUCGCUGCCAGGGCCACAGCAGUCAGCCCUGCCUCCCCAGGCUCCUCCGCAAACUCCUGACUCCAUGAAGAAAGAGCCCGUGCCUGCCCAGCCCACGGGCAGCAGCCCUGGUGCCGCAACGGCCAGUCCCAGUCUCCUAGCACCUUCUGCAGAGGCCACGCCAGCAGCCACCGGGGUCCCCGACAUCAAGGCAGAGGCAGCCUCUCCCUCUUCCUCCCUUUCAGUGCCUGGGCCGACUGCUGUCACAGCAGCCGCAACCCCAAGUGCGGGCCCUGUGACGGCAGAAACAUCGAGUGCCCCUGCAGCCACUAGCACCGUUUCCAGUGUUGCCCCGAGCCCAGCCGUAGACACGGCAGUGUUUGGGACUGUCACUUCUGGCUCCUCUGUCUUUCCCCAGCCACCUGCUGCCAGUUCUAGCUCAGCUUUCAGCCAGCUCACCAGCAGCUCGGCCACCACCCCCUCGGCCACCCCUGUGUUUGGGCAGGUGGCGGCCAGUACUGCGCCAAGCCUGUUUGGGCAGCAGACAGGCAGCAUAGCCAGCACGGCAACCGCCACGCCACAGGCCAGCAGCUCGGGGUUUGGCAGCCCGGCGUUCGGCACCUCGGCCACAGGGGUCUUCGGGCAGACGGCCUUCGGGCAGGCCCCAGCCUUUGGGCAGUCGACAAGCAGCCCGGCGAGCAGCUUCUCCUUCAGUCAGCCUGGGUUCAGCUCCGGGCCCGCCUUCGGCCAGCCCGCGUCGUCCACGUCCACGUCCACCAGCGGGAACGUCUUCGGUGCCUCCUCCGGCUCUAGCAGCUCCAGCUCCUUCUCCUUUGGACAGUCGUCUGCCGGCACAGGAGCGGGGGUGUUUGGCCAGAGCAACCCCCCUGCCUUCGGUCAGAGCCCUGGCUUCGGGCAGGGGGGCUCUGUGUUUGGGGGGGCCUCGGCCGCCACCACCACAGCAUCGUCCUCGGGGUUCAGCUUUUGUCAGGCUUCAGGUUUUGCGUCUAGUAACGCUGGUUCUUUGUUUGGUCAAGCCGCCAGUACCGGGGGGACAGUCUUCGGCCAGCAGCCGUCAUCCUCCAGUGGAAGCGUGUUUGGGUCUGGAAACACCACGAGAGGGGGAGGUUUCUUCAGUGGCCUUGGAGGGAAACCCAGCCAGGAUGCAGCCAACAAAAACCCAUUCAGCUCGGCCAGUGGGGGCUUUGGAUCUACAGCCGCCUCAAGCCCCUCUAGCCUGUUCGGAAACAGCGGGGCCAAGACGUUUGGCAGCUUUGCCAGCUCCUCGUUUGGGGAGCAGAAGCCAGCCGGCACCUUCAGCUCCGGCGGAGGAAGUGUGGCGUCCCAAGGCUUCGGGUUUUCCGCACCAAACAAAACAGGUGGCUUCGGUGCUGCUCCAGUGUUUGGCAGCCCUCCUACUUUUGGGGGGUCCCCUGGGUUUGGAGGGGUGCCAGCAUUCGGGGCAGCCCCAGCCUUUACAAGCCCUCUGGGCUCGACGGGAGGCAAAGUGUUCGGAGAGGGCACCGCGGCUGCCAGCGCGGGAGGAUUCGGGUUCGGGAGCAGCAGCAACACCACGUCUUUCGGGACCCUCGCCAGCCAGAACGCGCCGACGUUCGGGUCACUGUCCCAGCAGACCGCGGGCUUCGGCACCCAGAGCGGAGGCUUCUCUGGCUUUGGAUCGGGCACAGGAGGGUUCACCUUUGGAUCCUCUAACUCGUCUGUCCAGGGCUUUGGUGGCUGGAGGAGCUGAGCAGGUGUGGCGCUUCUCCCAGUGCCUGCGUGCCGCCGCCUGCUCAGCUCCUCUGCGCGGGCAGCGCCAAAGUGGCCCUUCCACGUGCACACUCUCGCCAACGCCUCAGGGAGAAGCGGGGGACCGGGGCCCACGGAUGCUUCUCGGUUGUUUUCCCCCACCCCUGCCAUUAAACUGUUUGGUUUGUUUGCA